UGUUGUUUAAAGCUGAAAAUAAUAACAUUUUAUAGAGGUGGAUUAUUGUGUAUGACUUUUAAGCUUAGAGUUAGUGGGAACUGGGAAAGGGUCGGGCGCGGGUUCCCUGGGUCGUCGUCGUCUUCGCUUGCAUACAAGAAAAUAAAGAAGGAAAAUGAUUUAACAUCAGAAGAUAGUUUAUCUGUAAUAAGGCUUCAAAAUGGACCAUUCACAGCAUAGUAUUGGGAAUCAUGAUCACAUGCAUCACACAGAAACCACUCAACAUAAUAUACUUCACGAUUUGGCGGUAUCGACAACGGGUAGUCCAGAAAAUGUCGCCACUACCGAUCAUUCAAUGCACCAACAUCAUCACCAUGGUGGUGUAACUGGAGUUGCUAUGGACCAUAUGAUGUCAAUGGCGUUCCAUUUUGGAUGUAACGAAACCAUAUUAUUCUCUGGGUGGAAAAUUGAAACAGUUUUUGGGCUAAUUGGAUCAAUGAUUGCAAUAUUUUUAAUGGCAACAUUGUAUGAAGGUCUUAAGUAUUAUAGAGAAUACUUGUUUUGGAAAACUUACAAUUUGCUUGAAUACCGACCUGUUUCAAUGCCAGAAAAGGGACCUGAAGAACAAAGUCCGGCACCUACAAUACACUAUGUGGGUGAAGUAAUACAUAAAAAACCGCCAUCAAUGCUCUCCAUUAAUCACUUGUACCAAACUCUCCUGCAUGUGAUUCAAGUCACUUUAUCAUUUUUGCUUAUGCUGAUUUUUAUGACAUACAACGUUUGGCUUGCCAUCUCAGUAGUCCUGGGUGCUGCUGUCGGUUACUUUUUAUUCUGCUGGAAAAAAUCUGUUAUAGUCGAUGUGACAGAACAUUGCCACUAGCUUUUAUCGGCCACGCAACGAAUUCGGUAUUAAAACUGAACGAGUACGUUCAACACACAGUUUCAGGAAUUGGAGCCCAGCCAGAGCCCGCCACCCCCACAAAUCUUCCAUCACGAGCAGCGGCAUUUAUCCUAAAAUACACACUGUGCAUCAAAAUGUCGAAAUAUUAAUUUUAAACUUAUUGUUAGACAUAUAUAUACAUACAUCCAUACAUACAUACAAACAUAAAUAUUUUCUAUGAUACUACUUGAAUUUUUAAGGUGAUUGAAAAAAAAAUAUUUUAAAAUAAACUCUUUUACUCUAGAAUUAAGAACAGAUUAUAUUAAAAAUCUCAUUAUUAUGUACAUAUAUAAAGACAAAAAUAAUAGUAAACAAAAUUGGUAUUAUAUAUCGCACUAAAAAAACAAAUAGUCAAUGGGAAAAUAAAACAUAACUAUUUUAUUUUAUGAAAGCUUUACUUAAAUAUUUUAAAGACUUUCAAAGACCAGCGAGA